GCUCCUUCUACCAUCAAUGUCGCGUUCCCACCAUGGCCGACCCUGCGCCUCCACUCCCACCUUUUCUUGCACUCCCUCGCGAAUUGCGAAAUCUCAUCUACUCAUAUGUGAAAGCUGAGGACGACCCUGUAUGGCGUUUCACCAGGCUAUUCGUUCCAUGUUGCUUUCAUUACCGUGUCCAUAACGCGCCCAAUCUCAACUUGCUCCAUACCCAUCCUCGCUUGCGAGAAGAGUAUCUUGAAGCCAUCGAAAAGGAUGGAAUCUCUAUGACAGUUUCCGAUGAAGAUGUUCUUCAAAGCGAUCUCGUUGUUGAUGCACUACCAGGUCAACGAAUAUCGCCAAUACACCAAAGACUCCAUACGCUGCCCUUGGACACACUGUUUGCCCGAUUCGUCAAACAUGUCACGAUCCUCAUUGAAACUGUUCCUGGAGAUCUUGGUGAGUAUGACGGAGUGAAAAAAGGGUGGACUAAUACAGAACGUUUGAUUUGCGUGCUGCUGCAGAGGGGCCCAUAUCUAUCGACACUGCGGAUUGGUAUCCAGUGUCGUGCCACUACUCGACUGCAGCAUCACAACAACACAUAUCCACGAUUCGAAGCUGGCUAUUUUUUGACCUCCCCACCACCCUGCUUGGAAGUGUUGCAACUUGUGCAGCGAGCCGAGGGGUACCGUCUGGAACAGGUGCAGCCAUGGCCUGGUCAGCCUCGACCUCAGCAUGCUCUCGUGAAGCAUGGCUGCUAUUUGUACAUUAGGGGCGGCGCAAAUAACGACUCUCAUUUCUGGAAACCUUCCGACGUUCUUGAUCAUUUUAAGCUGCAACCUUACACGAUUGGUAAUUGGAAUACACCGCUGCCGCCUUCGAUCCUCGGGCAUCAAAUAAAGCAAUGGAGAGAAAAGCGCGGUCACGAAGAAGCUGUAGUCUGGUUCUAGAGUCUCGUUAGGACUGACCAUUACUCUCUUUUU